AUGGGUUCCACACUCCCCAAGACCAUGAGGGCCCUCCAGUACUCGGAGCCUAAGAAGCACAGCCUCGUCGAGAUCCCUCUGCCGGAGCUGCGCGAGAAUGACAUCCUGAUCAAGGUCAAGGCUUGCGGUGUUUGUGGUACUGACCUGCACAUCCAUGAGGGUGAAUUCAUUGCCAAGUUCCCCCUGGUUCCCGGCCACGAGACAGUUGGCGUUGUGGCCGCCGUUGGCCCCAAGGUGAAGGACUUCCAGAUCGGCGAGCGCGUCGUGGCCGACAACUCGGAGCUGUGCGGCACCUGCUUCUACUGCCGUCGCGGUGAUGAGCUGUUCUGCGAGGACUUCCAGGCUCACGGUGUUACCAUGAACGGUGGGUUUGCGGAGUACUGCGCCUACCCGGCCGGCCGCGUGUUCAAGAUCAAGAACCUGUCUGAUAUCGAUGCCACCCUGCUUGAGCCUGCCUCCUGCGCGGCCCACGGUCUGGACAAGAUUGCCCCCAAGAUGGGUUCCUCCGUCCUCAUCUUCGGUGCCGGUCCGACUGGUCUGGUUCUCGCCCAGCUGCUGCGCCAAUGCGGUGGCUGCCGUGUUGUCGUCGCCGCCCCCGGUGGUCUGAAAAUGGAGCUUGCGAAGAAGCUGGGAGCUGGUGAUGAGUAUGUCGAGCUGUCGCGCCAGGAUGCCUCUGCCCAGUACGCCCAGCUGAAGGCCCAGAACCCCUACGGUUUCGACAUCGUCGUCGAGGCUACUGGCAGUGUCAGCAUCCUUGAGGACUCCAUUAACUAUGUCCGCCGCGGCGGCAAGCUCGUCGUGUACGGCGUGUACUCCGACUCUGCCCGUGUCUCGUGGCCUCCUUCCAAGAUCUUCGGUGACGAGAUCACCAUUCUCGGCAGCUUCUCUGAGACUUACAAGUUCCCUGCCGCGGUCGACUACCUGGACUCCGGCAAGGUCAAGGUCGACGGCAUUGUCAACAAGGUGUACAGGAUCGACCAGUGGGAGGAGUGCCUCGAGGCCAUGCGCAACAAGAGUGCCAUCAAGGCAGCCAUCACUUUUGACUAG